AUGCAUUAAAAACUGUGGAUUCCAAUUCCGAAUGAAUUUAAGCCAAAAUAAGAACAUCUCAUCAUUUAAGGAGAAUUUACAAAACAUAAUGGCAAAACUAGAUUACUCUAUGGAUAUGAUCAUUAUGUAGUUUGUGUUAAGAAGGAUUAAUUGCCAAAAAAAUGCCUUAAGUUAGAGUUUGAAACUAAAUUUGAGAUUCUAAGAUAACCAGUUUAGAAAAAAGAUGAGGAUGAUGAUUCACUUGGACCAAUAAUAGGAAUUCAAUUCAUAAAAGAUAAUGGAGAUAUCAAUUCUGUCUAUAAAUUAAAUGCCACUGCUAAAUUAAUACUUGAAUGGAGAUCAUAUUUGAGUUCAAGAAUCAAUUAGUGGCAAUUUCAUAACAUGUUUCGAGUAUACAAAAAAAUCGGAAAAGGAAAUUUUGCUUCAGUCUAUAUGGCGGAAAGAAUAGAGGACGGUGAAGAAAUGGCAAUCAAAGCCUUUGCAAAGUAGGCAGCGUAUGCGGAAGAAAACGGAAAAGAAGCAAUUUUAAAUGAAUUAGCAAUUAUGAGAAAAUUGCGUAACAAACAUCUGAUGAGAUUGUUUGAAACCUUAGAAUUGUUAGAAGGAGGCUCCUUGUAUGAUUUAAUCAAAGAUAAAGUGCCUAUCAAUGCAAAAUAAAUACAAUAAAUAAUGGUAGGAAUAUUAAUUGGCCUGUAAGAAAUGCAUAAGAAUGAAAUAAUGCAUAGAGACUUAAAGCUAGAAAACAUACUAUUCAAAACCCAGAAGAAAAUGGAAUCAGUAGUAAUAGCUGAUUUUGGUUUGGCUACCCAUGUAAACGAACCAGUUUAUCUAUACACUAGAUGUGGUACUCCUGGUUAUGUGGCACCUGAAGUCAUUAAUUUAAAGGAUAUGAAAGCUAAAUACUCCUCUAUUUGCGAUAUCUAUAGUUUGGGAUUAGUCUUUUAUUUAUUAUUGACAGGUAAGCCUGCUUUCAAUGGAAAAAGUUAUGCUACCGUAGUCAAAUAAAAUAGGGAGGCUAAUAUUGACUUUGAAAUUAAAUCAUUGUAAAUCGUCCCUGCACCGGCAGUUGAUUUAUUAAAGUAGAUGUUAGAGAAGGAUCCAAAUAAGAGAAUAAAUACAGAAAAAUGCUUGCAUCAUCCCUUCCUAUCUGAAAUGACUAAAGCAAUGGUUGAUGCAGAAAAAGAAGAUCAAUAGCAUUUAGACGAGGUUGAUGAGGGCAAUGAAAUAAAUAAAAUUAACGAUGAGUAUUCUGAAUUUGAUGCCACUAGAAAUAUUAAUUCUCCCCUUUAAUCACCAACGCAAUCUCCAGGUCUCAUCAUGUAAAAAUAGGUUCAACAAUAAAAAUAAAUUGACUCUACCUAGGCAGUAGGAAAUGAUUCACCAUUAUUAAAAGGAAAAGUUGAUUCCAUAGAUAGUGCAUAAUCCAUUGGAACUCCUAAAAAGAAGAACAAUCAAUAUUAACCAUCACCAUAGAUCAAACCAUCUAGAUUUGCAAAAUAAGCUUAAAAUAACCCUUUGUUAAAAUAUGCAAAAAAAGACUGA